GCUGCUCCUCAAUGGAUAACUGUGCCAGUGAGAGGACCGCGGCCAUUAACCAAACAGCAGCCUAUCAGAGUUUCAGGACAGUCCGUGCACAAAUGAUGCUGUGUAAUUACCACUAAUCCUGCUGUCGCUCACAGCUGUACGCGGCUCUCCGCCUAUCCUGCGCUGGUGCUCCAAAUAGGCAACCUGCUUAUAUUUUUUUCUGCAAAAUCAUUAUGGUGUCGCUCGUGAACCACAGUGAAAAAUGGCCCAUAACGUCCGCCGUACACUUACAUAAUAAUAUGCAAUAGGCUGGAUGUUCACAAACGAAGAUGGGAUGCAUCCGGGCUUAUCUGCAUAAAAUAAGACGCAGGAUGAAGCUGGACCGGCUCAGAGAGCUUGGCCGACAGUAUCCAGUCUUCUGCUUUCUGCUGCUGGUCCUGCUUCUGUCCACUGUGCUUUUAAACAGAUAUAUUCACAUUAUAAUGGUGUUCUGGUCCUUCCUGGCUGGAGUUGUUACUUUCUACUGUUCACUGGGGCCGGAGUCUCUGCUGCCUAACAUCUUAGUAUCCAUUAAACCAAAAACUAAGUCAUACGAGCAGGAGCUGUUUCCACUGGGCCACAGCUGUGCUGUUUGUGGAAAAAUCAAGUGCAAAAGGCACAGACCAACUCUGUUACUGGAAAACUAUCAGCCGUGGCUUGAUUUGAAAAUUCCUUCUAAAGUGGAUGCCUCUCUUUCAGAGAUUCUAGAGCUUGUUCUGGAAAAUUUUGUAUAUCCUUGGUAUAGAGACAUCACAGAUGACGAGGCAUUUGUCGACGAGCUGAGAGUGACCUUGCGUUUCUUUGCAGCCGUGCUGAUUCGUCGGACCCAGAAGGUGGAUGUGGCAUCCCUCAUCACAAAAAAGCUCCUUAAAGUUUCCAUGAAGCACAUUGAAAUUAUUAGCAAAGCAAGGCAGAAGGUAAAGAACACAGAGUAUCUCCAACAAGCUGCCCUGGAGGAAUAUGGCCCUGAUCUCCACAUGGCUCUUCGCAAUCGUAGAGAUGAGUUGCUCUACCUAAGGAAGCUGACUGAGGUGCUUUUCCCCUACAUCUUGCCACCCAAGGCUACAGACUGCAGAUCUCUUACUCUCCUGAUAAGAGAAGUUUUGGCUGGUUCUGUCUUCCUUCCUUCAAUGGACUACUUGGCUGAUCCUGACACAGUGAAUCAUUUAAUUUUGAUAUUUAUUGACAACUCCCCUCCCGAAGAAGCCACAGAGCCCACUUCAGCACUGGUUCCUUUCCUACAGAAGUACUCUGAUCCUCGCAACAAAAAGCCCUCAGUGCUGAAGCUGGAGUUGAAGGAAAUUCGAGAACAGCAGGACCUUCUCUUUCGUUUUAUGAAUUUCCUAAAGCAAGAAGGAGCUGUCCAUGUCCUCCAGUUCUGUCUUGCAGUUGAGGAAUUCAACGACAGGAUUCUGUGCCCAGAGCUGUCUGAUUCAGAGAAGAUGAUGCUCCACAAGGAGGUGAAGAAGAUCUACGAGACCUACUGUUUGGACGAGAGUGUUGACAAGAUCCGUUUUGACCCCUUUAUAGUGGAGGAAAUACGCAACAUUGCUGAGGGUCCAUAUGGUGACGUGGUGAAACUGCAGACCAUGAGGUGCUUGUUUGAAGCCUAUGAGCACGUCCUCUCUCUUCUGGAAAAUGUUUUCACCCCCAUGUUCUGUCACAGUGAUGAGUACUUUCGGCAGCUUCUCAGAGGGGCCGAGUCCCCUGCCAGGAAUUCCAAAAUGAGCAGAAAUAGCCUCAGUUUGGAUGACAUUCGUUCCUGGGACUGGAGCCCCGAGUCCCCGUCCUCACUGUUCACCGCCUCUGGCAGCUCUUCACCUGCAUCUUUUAACUCCCUCCAUGCCCAGUCCACGUUCACAAACUUCCCAUAUGGCUCGCUAUCCCACCGCCACUCAUCACCCAAGAGUACGUCUAAGAGGGGUGAGUCCUUUGGGAUCAGCCGCAUUGGCAGUAAGAUCAAAGGAGUGUUCAAGAGCACAACGUUGGAGGGAGCGAUGCUGCCAUCCUAUGGGCUGGUAGAGGGAGAGGAUGAUAUGGUGGAGGAAGCCAUGAUGGUGCUGGAGGAUGACUCCCCGAUGGAGGCAGCCUCCACCCCGAGCACCCCGCGCAACCUCUCAGCCUGGAACAUCACGAUCCCAUACAUUGAUUUCUAUGAUGACGAUGUAAAGAGGGAGAGGAUUCCAGUAUUUUGUAUUGAUGUGGAGCGCAAUGACCGGAAGGCAGUCGGACAUGAGACUGAACACUGGUCUGUCUACAGGAGAUAUCUGGAGUUCUAUGUCCUAGAAUCAAAGCUCACUGAGUUUCAUGGCUCAUUUCCAGAUGCGCAAUUGCCCUCAAAGAGAAUAAUUGGUCCCAAGAAUUACGAAUUUCUGACAUCGAAGAGGGAGGAAUUUCAGGAGUAUCUUCAGAAACUCCUGCAGCACCCAGAGCUGAGCAACAGCCAGCUCCUGGCCGACUUCCUGUCUCCUCAUAGCAUGGAGUCUCAGUUCCUGGACAAGAUGUUACCUGACGUGAACCUCGGGAAAAUCAUUAAGUCUGUCCCCAGCAAACUGAUAAAGGAGAAAGGACAGCAUCUGGAACCUUUCAUCCAGUCCUUCUUCAAUUCCUGUGAAUCUCCCAAACCCAAACCCAGCCGCCCUGAGCUCACUAUCCUGAGCCCCACCUCAGAGAACGACAAAAAGCUCUUCAAUGACCUCUUCAAAAACAAUGCCAACCGAUCAGAGAUGACAGAGAAGAGACACAAUCAGAACUACUUCAUGGAAAUGAUCACUGUCGAAGGGGUUUAUGACUACUUAAUGUAUGUUGGACGCGUCAUCUUCCGUAUCCCUGAUUGGCUGCACCACCUGCUAAUGGGAGGCAGGAUCCUGUUCAAGAACACACUGGAGGCCUACACAGAUUAUUACCUUCAGUACAAACUCAACCAAGUGGUCCAGGAGCACCGGGUGGUGUCACUCAUCACCCUGCUUAGAGACUCAGUGUUCUGUGAAAGCAGCCCACCUCGCUCCGCCCAAGACAAGCAGAAGAGAGCCAAGAAGACGUUCGAGGAGAUGAUGAGCUAUAUUCCGGACUUUCUGGGGAAAUGUAUCGGAGAAGAGGCCAGAUAUGAAGGCGUGCGUCUCCUCUUCGAUGGACUACAGCAGCCAGUUCUCAACAAACAGCUGACGUAUGUGCUGCUGGAUAUUGUCAUUCAGGAACUUUUUCCAGAGCUAAACAAGCAGGUGCAGAAGGAGAUGUCUGUGAUGGCUCCGUGGAUGUAAAAUGAACACGGGCUGAACAUGAGCCAACAUGCUUGCCAGGCAUGAGCUCAUAUGACACUAAUCCAGAGACUUUUAUAACUGACAUGUACAGUAACUGUAUCUGGAUUCCUGCUACCGUAACAAGAGGAAAUACAGAUGGUUUCUCUUGGUCUGUCUCUCAGUAAUUUGUAAAAAAAAUUAAAAUAAAAUAAAGUAUAUACUAAAUAAUAAGUCAA